AUGAAGCUGGAGGUGUCGCCGAGGCAGAGGACCCAAGAAGCAGAGCAGAACGAGGGCGUCGCCGUGGAGCCAUGGAAGCACCCGAAGCAGCUCUGCGCUAGCCUGGGCUACGGGGAGGAGGAGGCGUCACGGCUGGUGCCGCCGCUCAACUUCGGCAUGGUCGACGACGGCGUCUUCCGGUCGGGGUUCCCCGACGCGGCCAACUUCCGGUUCCUCGCGUCCCUCAACCUGCGCUCCGUCGUGUACCUGUGCCCGGAGCCGUACCCGGAGCAGAACGCGCGGUUCCUGGGGCGCAGCGGGAUCAAGCUCCACCACUUCGGAAUCCAGGGCCGCAAGGAACCGUUUGUCGACAUCCCCGAAGAAACGAUCCGCGAGGCGCUCAAAGUCAUCCUUGACGUGAGAAACCACCCGGUGCUCAUCCACUGCAAGAGAGCACCGUACCGGCUGCGUGGUGGGCUGCCUGAGGAAGCUGCACAAGUGGCGCCUGUCCUCCGUCUUCGACGAGUACCUGCACUUCGCGGCGGCCAAGGCGAGGAAAACCGACCAGCGGUUCAUGGAGCUCUUCGACACGUCAAGCCUGGUGCAUCUGCUCGCCUCGCAGUGUUGAUGAAAGCGAGCGAGCGUUUUUCCUUUCUCUUUUAG